AUGGCUUUCAAGCAGGAUUUCAAGGAUGGUAAAUGGCCGUUUGGUGCAAAAGGCAAGCCGGACGACGUUCCAGUUCCCAUAGGAGCUGCCUGUGUCAAGAUGAGUAAAACUCUCGAGAACGCAGGCGAGUACUCUUUCGGUGGUCGAGCUGAGACUCUCCCACCUGUACCCGGCAUUUUUGUCAACGAAAUUGGCAGUAUUCCACUGCCGCUGGACGAAUCACAAGCCCAGAAGUUGAUCACAAAAUGUGAGAAGUCUCCGUUUGGUCACGGGAUGAACACGAAGAUGGACGAGAGCGUUCGCAAAAGCUGGCAACUCGCACCAGAUCAAGUCGAGAUCAAGAACCCACUUUGGCGGACUGGGAUUGACGAUUUGACUGAGAUCAUUGCCAGUCGACUAGGGUACAAGGGAGUGCCGCUCCAGUGUGUGCUCCAUAAGCUGUUGGUGUAUGGAGAAGGCAGGCAUUUCGUCAAGCGUCAAGACACGGAGAAGGAGAACGGCAUGAUCGCCAUGCUUGUGGUCCAGCCGCCCAGCGCGCACGAAGGAGGUGACCUGGUCGCGUAUCGAAACGGAGAGAUCGAGCAUCGCCAUGAUUUGGGGAAGAGCAAUGGCUCCGCCCCGUACUUCUGUCACUACGCAGUGCACUAUGCGGAUGCGGAGCACGCGUUGGAGAACGUGUCGAAGGGGUAUCGACUCGCAUUGUUCUACUCCAUUUCCUUGCCGGUGUCAAUGCGGCAUCUGAAGCGGGAUCCGAGCCAGACAAGUAAUGAUCUAUCUGAUUUGAUCAACGCUAUUGCUGAAGAAGACGGAUCGUUUGCGCUGUUGCUAUCACACGAAUAUACAAAGAAGAGCAUUGCGGAUUUGGGUAGUGGAGCCCUUAAGGGAAUUGAUCGUGCGAGAUUCCGGGAGCUUGAAGAAGCCAACCAAGUUGUGGCUGAUGACAAGAAACUUCGGUUUUUCAUUGCAAAGCUUGUUGUCAAGGUAGACAACACGCUUGGUGCGGGCGGAGUCUCAUUUCACCCUGAUAAGCGCAAGGAAUCAAUUUCUUGGUACACCACACGCGGUGAGAGUCUUGGUGGAGUUAGGAGGUCGGCAACUUUCAACUUUCUGAACCCUGGGCAAGAAACUCUGUCUCAAAUGUGGAUACCCCAUGGCGUGCAGAAGGAAGACGGGUACAUGGGCAAUGAAGGACCGACCAAAAACACCAAGUACGCUAGAUACGCGAUCGUUGCGUGGCCUUCCGCAAACCACGCCAAGCAGGCAUUAAAGAUUAUGCCUUUCGAUGUUGCCAUUGAUGAAUUUUACGCUAGAAAACCUGUGGAUGCUGCCGCACUGCGCGAGUUUAUGAAGGAUAUUGGCGCAAGGACCAAAGUGGAGGGCAAGCACUCCUCACCUGACGUUCUCUCCGUCAAGUUUUGUCAACUCUUCUGCGAGGUGGCCGUGGAGGCCGGUGAUGCAAUUUCUUCACGAAUGCGGACUACUACAUUAACAAGCCAUUGCCAUAAAACAGGACGCCUAUGGCACAAUGUGUCUCUUAUCCCAGUCAUCACGCAGAUUGUCCGUACGUUUGACUGGGGUGAUUUCGGGGAGGCGUUGUUGGAUUGUUUGGGCCGAGGCACGUAUGGACCUAUAGAGGAAGACACGGGAUACUCCGCUAUGGAAAUGGCGCUGCUAAUUCUCGACGGACUCGACAGUGGGGCUGCGCACAGUGCUCUGCUCAAACUUGCUAUGAAGGAGUCGGCGAAAUUUACAACCGAGGAAUUGUGCUCAUCGAAGGUUGUCGGAUUCAUACUGAAGUGGGUGGUUCGCAGUGAUUCUGACCCCACGGUUGACAGAGUGGCAGACAAAUUCAAGCAACUCGACGCGAGUCUCCUAAGCGCAGCACUUUUUGAGAAGUCUCUGGAAUGUCUUAGUGCUGUUGAAAUAACUGAAGAUAAGACCGGCUUGCUCGGUAUGCUCGUCUCGAAGCGUAUCGAGUGGCUCAAGAACCAGAUCGCUGAGCUCGACAAGUCAUUUUCUUGGCAGAUGCCGAACGCGCAGUUCCCGGAUAACGCAAAGGUGGAAGAGUUCCUAAGAGGUCCCGCCACGACGUUCACGAUAACGAAGGGAGUGCACAGAUUUAAAGGGUUCCAAGACGCCAGUAACUGUGCCGCUAAAUGGACCCGUGAAGCACAAACCCACGCUUCAUUCAAGAUGAAGGCAAGUGCCGUAUACGCUGAUGCAGUGGUGACAAUUACGAAGACGCGCAAGUGGUUUGAUGAAUGUCAGCGAACAUUUGAGAAGUAUAAAGUGGAGCUGGCUCAGCUGCUGGAACGUACGGGAGGAGAAAUCGACUGCAGCGACAAUAAGAGGGCGCGAAUUGAGUGA